AUGGAUUCAUCAGCCGACUGUCAAGUUAUUUUGACUACAAUCGGCGAAUUCUAUCGUAUAAGCAUGAGUGAUUCCGAUGAGAAAAUUAAAACUUCAUUACAAACGAUUCUCAAGCUUUGGCCGGACGUUCUUCAUGCCGGCAAUACGGCUACCGAUGACGAAUUGUUCUCGUUGAAUGUGAGUCGUGCAGUUUUCACCCAAAUCUUUGCUAUUACUUUGUCGAAAGAAUUCUUCAAUAAAGACCAUCUAUUGAUUCGUGAGAUUUUCUUUGCGCUCUUCAGCAUUCUGACCGGUUAUACACAUAUCUUCAAAGAAAACAAGUCGGCUUACAUCGAAUCGAAUGUUCGUCUCAUCAUCAAAAUGAUGACAAGUGUCGUCUCAGUCGUACGAUUUCAGCACGAUGAUUUGACAAAGCCGGAGGAACAGAAUUUACUAAUCGCUAUACGUGAACAUAUUGACAGUGAUGAUCAACGCGACAGUUUAUCGGAUGGAUCGAUAUCGUUGAUAUGGAAUUUGUGCGAUAAAACGAUCUUAAUCCCGACAAUGUUGAAAGCUGGCUAUGGAAGGAAUAUCCUCCAAUGGGUUGAACAGCGUGAAACGAAAUUUCGAGAAGAAAAAAUCGACGCGCCCAUACACAUUCUGCAUAAUUUCCUACGACAUGAUGAUGGAAUCGACGAAUUGAACAGAUAUAAUCCACUCAGCGUUAUUGAAGCUAUUAAAUUUGAACCAAGUGUUUCUGAUGACGAUGAACACGAUUUGACAAUACAUCUAGCAAUGAUUCGUGCACUUCUGACUGAUUACGAUCAGAUAAAACAAGAUGCCGCAAAGUAUACACAUAAAGCUAUCAAUAUGCUAUUACAAAUAUCUAUUAAUGCAGCAAAGCAUGAGAAAUACCGUUAUAAUGGUUUUCACGUUUCCGAACCAUUGACUGUGCUGGUGAAGUUAUUUCAUAAUGAUGAAAUAUUGCAUGGUAUUCUCAACAAGAAUGAAACGAAACCUCCGACAACGAUACAAUCAAUCAUUGAACUUUUCACAACAUUCCUAUCAAAAUCUUAUCCGAAAAUGACUGGUGACAAUGAUGUUUUAGAUAAUUAUACAUGUGUGGUGAUCUUCAAUUUGUUUUGGAUUCUGUCGAAUCAUGAAAGAUAUCAUGACUCGCUUCGUGAGGGCGAGACAUUGAUAGGAAUUGUGAAGAAUGCAGUUGUUGAUCCGCAACGAUUUGUUGAUACAUUCAUGCCACGCACAAUGAAAAGUAUUUAUGAAUCUGCAAGCGAGACUUUAAAAAAUUUAGGUAUUGCGCGACUUUAG